GGAGGAGUGGCCGGCCCGGGGGUCAGCUGCGCCGGGCUGGCCGCUGUCACACGCGCCCCGCGCCCCGGCUCGGUCCCGUCCCGCGCGCACCCGGGCGCAAGGCUCACACUCGCGCUCUGGGACCGAUCGGGCCCCUCUCCGAGAGCCCUCAUGGGCCCCGAGGCCGCCUGCCCGGGGAGGGGCCUCCUGUCUCGCCUCCGGGUGAGGACGUGGAUCGAGCCCGUGGUGGCCUCCACGCAGGUGGCCUCCUCCCUCUACGAGGCGGGGCUGCUCCUCGUGGUGAAGGCGUCCUUCGGAGCCGGGGCCUCGUCCAACCACAGCGCCAGCCCGUCGCCCCAGGGCGCACUGGAGGACCAGCAGCAGAGGGCCAUCUCCAAUUUCUACAUCGUCUACAACCUCGUGGUGGGCCUGACGCCCCUGCUGUCCGCCUACGGGCUGGGCUGGCUCAGCGACCGCUACCACCGCAAGAUCUCCGUCUGCGUGGCCCUGCUGGGCUUCCUGCUCUCCCGCCUCGGGCUGCUGCUCAAGGUGCUGCUGGACUGGCCCGUGGAGGUGCUGUACGGGGCGGCGGCGCUGAACGGGCUGUGCGGCGGCUUCUCGGCCUUCUGGUCGGGCGUCAUGGCCCUGGGCUCCCUGGGCUCCUCCGAGGGCCGCCGCGCCGUGCGCCUCAUCCUCAUCGACCUGACCCUGGGCCUGGCGGGGUUCUGCGGGAGCAUGGCCUCUGGGCACCUCUUCAAGCAGAUGACCGGGCACUCUGGGCAGGGCCUGGUGCUGACGGCGUGCAGCGUGAGCUGUGCCACUUUUGCCCUUUUCUACAGCCUCUUGGUCCUGAAGGUCCCUGAGUCAAUGGCUGGUCCCGGCAAGGCGCUCCCCGCUGUGGAUACGGUGUCGGGCACAGUUGGCACCUAUCGUGCCCUGGAUCCUGAUCAGUUAGACAAGCAGAGUGUGGUGGGGCACCCUCUGUCUCCUGGGAAAGCACAGCCCCCAAGAACUAUCAUUGCCCUGCUCUUUCUGGGUGCCAUCAUAUAUGACUUGGCCGUGGUGGGCACGGUGGACGUGAUGCCCCUUUUCAUGCUAAGGGAGCCUCUCAGUUGGAACCAGGUGCAGGUGGGCUAUGGUAUGGCUGCGGGCUACACCAUCUUCAUCACCAGCUUCUUGGGCGUCCUGGUCUUCUCCCGCUGCUUCCAGGACACCACCAUGAUCAUGAUCGGUAUGGUCUCUUUUGGGUCAGGAGCCCUCCUCUUGGCGUUUGUGAAAGAGACAUACAUGUUCUACAUUGUUUGCCAAAGCUCCCGCAACCGUCUCCCAGAGGGGUUAGUGAAUGGUGACAGAAGACACCUCUGUCCCAGGGACAAGGCGAGGAGUCUCGAGUCACUUCAGUGUCAACAGCUCCACUUCCCUAGAUGCCACUUAACUCUGCCAAUGAAGACACCCUUCAUGACCCAUCACCAUGCCCGCUGUGCCCUGCCACCUUGCAGAGUGGGGCACAAUGAGGAGUGCGCGUGCUUGUGUGAUUUCCUUCCAGCUCGAGCUGUCAUGCUGUUUGCUCUCAUCCCCGUCACAACCAUCCGAUCGGCAAUGUCCAAACUCAUCAAGGGCUCCUCUUAUGGAAAGGUGUUCGUCAUCCUGCAGCUGUCCCUGGCUCUGACCGGGGUGGUGACCUCCACGGUGUACAACAAGAUCUAUCAGCUCACCAUGGAAAAGUUCAUUGGCACGUGUUUUGCUCUCUCCUCCUUUCUCUCCUUCCUGGCCAUCAUCCCAAUUGGAAUCGUGGCCUAUAAACAAGCCUCGUGGCUGCAAUACAGAGACAUCACGGAGACAUGAAGGUGCUGUCCCACAGGAGCUGCGAGGACCAGCAAUGGCGGGGCCCCUUUGAAGGCAAAGGAAGGGACUAGGUGCUGGUGACCAAGGCAACCCACCACCCCCAAACCCCAAGUUCCAGCCAGAGUUAGCCUCAGAAUGGCCCGCUCUGGCUCAGGGGUCCCUGGUGGGUGGGGAACAGCACUUUCUUGGUGAUAGAACUUUCUCAGUUUUCAGAUGUCCCUGAUAGACAGAGGUUGGGUUCUGGGGGCAGUAGAGUGUGAACUUUCAAGGGUUAUAUGCAGGCUGCAUACACAGUCAUGCCAGAUGCACAAAGGGCUUCUGACAGCCCCCUUUCUUCCAGGAGCUGUCUCCUGGGCUCCAAGGUACAGCUAACUGGUCACCUGGGUGCUGCGCUGGGAGUCCCACGUGAAAACUCAAACCAAAGCACACAUUUUCAACAGCCUAAGGGGAACACAGAUGGAAUGUUUUAUAAGAACUCCCAAUGUUUUAGAAGAUUUGGGGCUCAGGCUCUUAGCUUCAGAGUAGUUUAAUUGCUGUUGUUACUGUUGCUUUUAAGAAGCAAAUAUCAAAAGACUUUCAUUAGUGGAAUAUUAUAUUGAAUAUUUUCAGUCAACAAUUCCCAAAGCAGGUGGUGUGAAGAGGGAUCUUAGGAGAUCUCCAGGAGGAGAUCUGCUAAGAGCCAUUUUAUGUUGCGGAGCCUAUUUUUAUAGCCUAUUUUACUUACAUACAGAAAAGCAGACUCACUUCCUAAUAAAAUUGACAUUUGUUGUA